AAAUCCAGCAGAACUGUGACUGACUGUGAUGAAGAGCCUUCUGUCAGCGAUCCGGAGGAUUCCUCUGAAAAUUAACCUCACUCCCCCCCUCCUCCCCCUCCUCUUCUUACUCCCUCUGCCUCUGCUGGACCAAUCACAGCCCAGCAUCCCUGCCGGCCAAUCAGAGGGCUCCCGGGUGAUGUCAUGCAGCAGGCUGCUGUUUUGAUGCCGAUGCUGCCGAGCUGCAGAGCUUCAGAGUGAACAGCGAGAGCGCCGAGCAUCACUGCAGGGAACAGCCUCUACCUCACCACAGUGUCUUCGACAGAAAACAAACCAAGAGCAGAAUGACUCUAGCAGCGUACAGAGAGAAGAUGCGGGAGCUCCCCCUGGUGUCUCUCUUCUGCUCCUGCAUCCUCCCCCGACCCAAACACACCACAGAAGAAGACAAGAAAAAAGCCGACGUGGUGGACUUGAACCUCUGCAACAUCCGUGACAUGGAGGUCAUCGAGCUGAGCAAGCGUGCGAGCGGCCAGGCCUUCGAGGUCAUCCUGAAGCCGCCCACCUUCGACGGCGGCCCCGAGCUCAGGGCCACCACGCCGCCGCGCGGGAAACCCUCGCUGGAGGAGAUCCAGAAGAAACUGGACGCCGCCCAGGAGAGGAGGAAGUGUCAGGAAGCAGAGCUGCUGAAGCAUCUCGCAGAGCGGAGGGAGCACGAGCGUGAAGUGGCUCAGAAAGCUCUGACCAAAGAGCGCCAGGAGCAUCGCGCCGACGCUGACAAGCAGCAGCGUCAGAUGCACCUGAACGCCUCACCGGAGAGACAGCAGAUGCACCUGAACGCCUCACCGGAGAGACAGCAGAUGCACCUGAACGCCUCACCGGAGAGACAGCAGGAGGAGGACAAGCACAGUGUGGAGGUGUCCUGAUGGCCUGAUCACAACACAAGCUGAACUUUACCUGGAAGCCAUUUUGGAGGCUGACGUGCAGAGGAUUGGUGCGCCUGUGACGCGGUGCUGCUCCGACCGACUGGGAGACGGACAGGAAGAAGAAGAAAAGCAGGAGGACUGAGGGCGAGUUUAACUUCCUCUCCACAACCUGGACUCUUCUUAACCAGAUAAACUCUUUCAAAUGAGAAAAACUGUCUGAGAGGCGCUGCAGAUUCAGUCAUCUUUCGAUGGUUCACGGGGGUUUUACUGUGCUUUGUUGCUAUGCCAACAGUGCCAAUGUGUUUGUGUGUGUGCGAUUGUUUUAUCGAGGAAACUGAAUCUUCUGUAAAGUGGGAAAAGUUGGACCCAACCAGACCAAACCUGAGAGAGAAAACCGGACCUGAACCCAACGGAAAUGCUACUAAAAAGGUCGAAAAAUGUCGGAAAAAACAAACGUUUUGGGUCAAGACUGAGGCUCCAUCUACACCGCUACGUUUUGGUUUAUAAAGGAAUAUCUUCUGCUACGUUUCCCCCUCUCAUUCCCCCUGCUCUGGCGUUUCCGCCUCUCAUUCCCCCUGCUC